AUGAAAGCCGUGUACGUUCUUGCUAUUGCGCUGUGCCUUGCUAUGGCGACACAGGCAGCUCCUCAGUCGCCUCUAGCAGCGUUUGGUGUGUUGACGGAUUCGAUCACAAGAUUGGUAGGGCAAAUCACGACACUGCUGAACAAUGUCAUCGCCGCGGUCGGAACAAACACCGCGUCCUUGCUAACUUCAGUAGUAGGGAACGCAGUGUCCCUGCUUUACGGAUUGGCCAACUCCACACUCUCGCUGUUGAGCGUUCCACAAGCGGCACUGACCCAAGUUAGCUCGUUGCUGUCGAAUGCUGCGACUCAAAUCUCGACUACUGUAAAGGGUGCUGGAACUACUCUAGCUACAUUGCUGCCAGCCAUCGGAAAAGCUCAGAGCAUUCUGUCCACGCUCGCUGGCAACAUUGGUGCGCUCAACCAGUCGGGUCUUGCGCCACUACAGACCACGUUGACUCAGUUGGCCAACACGCUCGGCUCUGCUGUAUCUCAAAUUUCGGGCUAA